GAGAGCCAGCCAUUUCGAGCUUCUCACACCCACUCCAAUGGCCAGCUCCUCAUUUCAGGCUUCAUGGCUCGCUCUCGUUCUCGUUGCGGCAUUGGGGACAGCCCUCGCUCCGCUGCGAGCCGAGGCGGCGCGGGCCUUCUUCAUCUUUGGGGAUUCGCUCGUCGACAAUGGCAAUAACAACUACCUGACGACGACGGCCCGGGCUGACUCCCCGCCCUAUGGGAUCGACUACCCGACCCACCGGCCAACGGGCCGGUUCUCGAACGGGUUCAACAUCCCCGAUUUCAUCAGUCAGGAGAUUGGGUCGCAGCCCACGUUGCCAUACCUGAGCCCUGAGCUCAGAGGGCAAAGGCUGCUGGUGGGUGCAAACUUCGCUUCAGCUGGAAUCGGAAUUCUCAACGACACUGGAGUUCAAUUCAUCAAUGUGAUAAGAAUGUACCAGCAGUUGGAGUACUUUCGUCAGUACCAGCAAAGGGUGUCUGCAUUGAUCGGGCCGGGGCGCACCAGGAAGCUCGUGAACCAAGCCCUCGUGCUCAUCACCGUUGGAGGCAAUGAUUUCGUAAACAACUACUUCUUGGUUCCCUAUUCUGCAAGAUCUCGCCAGUACUCUCUCCCUAAUUAUGUCCGCUUCGUCAUUUCCGAGUUCAAGAAGCAGCUCAUGAGGUUGCAUGAUCUCGGGGCGAGGAGGGUCUUGGUGACUGGCACCGGGCCGCUGGGGUGCGUGCCGGCGGAGCUGGCGAUGCGGGGCCGGAACGGGCAGUGCGUGGCCGAGCUGCAGCAGGCUGCAUCGCUGUACAAUCCUCAGCUCCUCCAGAUGCUCAAGGAUCUCAACAAUAAGUACAAAUCCCAAGUGUUCAUCGCUGCCAACACCCAGCUAAUGCACAACAACUUCAUCGCCAACCCUCGAGCUUAUGGAUUCAUCACGGCAAAGGUGGCGUGUUGCGGGCAAGGGCCGUACAACGGGAUCGGGCUGUGCACGGUGGCGUCGACCCUCUGCCCCAACAGGGACCAGUACGCGUUCUGGGACCCGUUCCAUCCGUCGCAGAAGGCCAACCGUCUGAUCGUCCAGCAGAUCAUGAGCGGCUCCACGAAGUACAUGGAUCCCAUUAAUGUCUCCACCAUCAUGGCCUUGGACUCUAGGCUCUAAUACUACUACUAUUACUACUACCACUAAUAAUAAUAAUAAUAAUAAUGUCUAUCGUUUUCUCUCUGUGUGACUAUGUAUCUUCUACUUAAAUCUUUGUGAAGGAUUUAGUUAAUAAUGGCAAUUUGUGCAUUUUAAGGACA